UGUGGGAUCCAACCGCACUGUUCUUGCAGUCUACAUGACAGCACAGAGGGGAGACAAACUGCGAGGAAAGCAACUCACUCACCGACUCUCGACUAGCUUUUGUGACUUUUUGUCAAACCGAUGAACUUUUUGUCCAUGUCACCGUCACACCUGAAGCCAGGACAGCCAGCGGCCCGCAGCAAAGCUCUUUGCCUUCUCUACGGAUUAAUAUAACCAGACCGGGAUUGGAUAGCCUGGUUAUGGAUUUUAACCUCCUGACGGAUAGUGAUGCCCGCAGCCCGGCGCUGUCGCUCUCCGACUCUGGAACACCGCAGCACGACCAGGGAUGUAAAGGCCAAGAGAGUAGUGACACAGAGAAAUCCCACCCGAACCAGCUGGAUGAAUCCAGUACUGAUGACGGCUCACUGAAGAAGAAGCAGCGCAGGCAGCGAACUCACUUUACCAGCCAGCAGCUCCAGGAGCUGGAGGCCACCUUUCAGAGGAACCGCUACCCUGAUAUGAGCACCAGAGAGGAGAUUGCAGUAUGGACCAAUCUCACAGAGGCACGGGUCAGGGUAUGGUUCAAGAACCGGCGUGCCAAGUGGAGAAAGCGGGAGAGGAAUCAACAGGCCGAAUUGUGCAAGAAUGGCUUUGGUGCCCAGUUUAACGGACUCAUGCAACCUUAUGAUGAUAUGUACACGGGUUACUCGUACAACAACUGGGCCACCAAGAGUUUAGCGAGCAGCCAACUCUCCGCCAAGAGCUUCCCAUUCUUUAACUCGAUGAAUGUAAGCCCCCUGUCGUCGCAACCCAUGUUCUCUCCCCCUAGCUCCAUCCCCUCGAUGAACAUGGCCUCAAGCAUGGUGCCCUCGGCGGUGGCUGGAGUUCCUGGCACAGGCCUCAACAACUUGGGGAACCUUAACAAUCUCAACAGCCCAACGGCACUCAACUCAGCGGCAGCCACUUGCCCGUACGCCGGCACAGCCGGCCCAUAUAUGUACAGAGACACCUGCAACUCCAGUCUGGCUAGUCUGCGACUUAAGGCCAAGCAACACACCAAUUUCACGUAUCCCACUGUGCAGAAUCCUGUGUCCAACCUGAGCCCCUGCCAGUAUGCUGUCGACCGGCCAGUAUGAAGAGGAAGCUCCACUCUCAGUUUUCGAGUGUCCCGCUUCAUAUAUCUUCAGUUCCAUCUCAAAAGUGCGUUGCAGACUGACAGACUGAAGCCAAAGGGGCAGACAAUUUCUCCAAACUGAUACAAGAAAUGGACAUGCCCGUGAUGGACCACCCCGGCGCAAAGGAAUACUCACAUUGUUUGUGAGACUUUGCCGACUGACCAACUGCAAGCAUUUCUGAAAAACAAAACAAACACAAUGCCCCAUCUCCCCCUCACCCCCUUUCAAAAUGGCAUUUUUCUAAACUGCAUUAUUAAAGUAAACUUAGUGACCGAGGGGAAAUGAAGAUGGCUUCAACUGGACUCACACUGUAGAUCUUCUUUAUGCUUCGACUGCAGGAUAAGUAACCUGUGGUUUUAAUGUUGGAAAAUUUCUUGGAUGUAUAUAACAGACUCUUUUCAGUUUUGUAUGUGAGAACAAUAGGACAUGAAAACAGUACUUUAAGAAUGACAAAAGCAUGUUCCUCAAAUGCAAAGCCGUAGGGUUUAUGUACAAAGAGACAUCCUUUGGGGAAAUUAAUACUUCUGUUGUGAAUUCCGUUCCCCGCGGGAAGGUCACAGGUCAAAGGCCAAUUUAGACAAGCAAGAGGGGGGCAGUACUGGAUUACGAAAACAUCCAGUUCAAUGCAACAAAUAGGAGUACCAUCAACCUUUUUAACAUGAAAAAGCCAUUGGUUGUAUUGAUUUGUGUGGUGUUAUACAAAGGGAGUCUGUGACAGUCAAAUAUAUGUAAGAGUGAAGUUGUUAUCAGAAAAAAACUGUUUUUCCCCCCCUGAUGUAGCCUGCUUUGUCUCAUUAAAGAACAAACUAAAAGAA